GUGCGACCGCCGGCGUCUCGGUGGACAAGGAACGGAAGCUCUCCAAGCUGCCCGGCGAGUGCGGAUGCAUGAUUGAAACGUUAUUCUGCUCUGGCUGCUCCAUGACACUCGGCAACAUCUAUAGAUGCACCCCAAAGCAUCUGGACUACAAGAGGGAUUUGUUUUGUUUCAAUGUUGACUCAAUUGAAAGUUACAUUCUAGGAUCCUCAGAGAAGCAAGCUCUUACUGAUGAAGAGCCUUUAACUAUUGAAAGUCGAGCAGUCUUGGAAGACAUGCUACAAAGGGCAGACACCGUAUUAAAGGCUCUGGAGACAAGACUGACUGCUGUUGAAUCGAGUAUGGCUUCUCUUCACAAUAAACUACUAUGGGAAAAAGACCUGCCGAAGAAACAUAAUCCCCAGUACGUCCCUAACCUCACAGGCAGAAGUGACUACAAAGAAUCUGGAUUAGAGGUGUAUGUUUCAUCGCGGGAACACAUAAG